CGCCAUAUUCAAACUUCCGCCGUGGUGUGUGUUCUGUUGUCAUCGAUCUUCUGCUGUCUUUGUACACAUCGAGGCCAGUUUUUACGCGGCUGAACGUCGCGUUUUGCUCGUUUUGCCACCAUUACGCCUCGGUAUACGUGAUUUCAAAACAAAGCCUCUCGCAAAAUGGAAGAAAAUGAGGAAGUUUGCGGAAGAACGGUGGAAACUAAGAAGCAGAAACUUCGCAGGAUGUCAUCGAGAACGUCCACCACCAGUGUCAUCAACGCUGCAGAGCCCUCUCCACAAACACUCCGGAGAAACAACUCCAAAAAGCCUCCACUGCAGAGAGGCAGCUCCUUCACCUUUCUUACACCAGGGACUCCGUGGGACUUCAGUCUAAAGAGAAAGCGCAAAGAGAAGGACGACGACACAGUCAGUCUGUCGAGCUUCGACCUCAAGGAGCCCAGUAAUAAGCGUGUACGACCAUUGGCUAAAGUUUCCUCCCUCGUCAACCUGAUAUCUCCUUCAAAGAAUGGGGCAGUGCGGCGCUUUGGCCAGACUAUCCAGUCGAUGUCGUUACGUGGUGAUACCAAGUCACCAGGGACGUCCCUCAAAGCCAGCAGCAGGGCAUCAGGUCCCACUCCCACUAAACGCAGAAACAGUACGCUGUGGUCGGAGACGCUGGACGUCCAUCAGAAGAGCACGUUCUCCACCAAGGAGAUCAAAAGACAAGAGGCGAUUUAUGAGCUUUUCAGGGGAGAGCAGGAUCUCAUCGAAGAUCUCCAACUUGCACGAAAGGCGUACCAUGAUCCAAUGCUAAAGCUCUCCAUCAUGACAGAGGAGGAACUUGCUCACAUAUUUGGGGACCUGGAUGCAUACAUCCCCUUACAUGAGGACUUAAUGGUGAAACUGACCGAGGGAACUGGCCCCGAUGGAACAGUAGCUCAGAUUGGACAGAUAGUAAUAAACUGGCUGCCUGGGCUGAAUGCUUACAAAAACUACUGCAGCAACCAGCUUGCAGCCAAAGCCCUGCUAGACCAGAAAAAGCAGGACAAGCGGGUCCAGGACUUCCUGCAGCGCUGUCUGGAAUCGCCCUUCAGCAGGAAGCUUGACCUCUGGAGCUUCCUGGACAUCCCACGUUCACGCCUGGUGAAAUACCCGCUGCUGCUGCGAGAGAUCCUCAGACACACUCCUCCAGAUCACCCAGAUGUAGGCAGCCUGGAAAGAGCUAUCACAAUAAUCCAGGAAAUUCUGUCUGAUAUCAACGUGAGGAAAGGGGAGUCUGAAUGUCAGUAUUAUAUAGACAAACUGGAGUAUCUGGAUGAUAAGCAGCGGGACCCUCUCAUAGACAACUGUAAGACCCUACUUUGUCACGGUGAGCUGCGGAACAAGAGUGGCUCGAGGCUGCACGUGUUCCUCUUCUCUGAGCUGCUGGUUUUGACCCGACCAGUGACGCGUAAUGACAGGAGCUGCUUCCAGGUGUAUCGACAACCUAUCCCAGUUCGGGACUUGGCUUUAGAGGACCUGCAGGACGGGGAGAUCCGUAUGGGGGGGUCGUUCAGAGGGGCUUUCACCAAUGCAGAGAAAGUGAAGAACGUUUUCCGUGUGAGCUCUCUGGAUCCAUCCCAUGGCCAGUCCCACACCCUGCAUGUCAAUGAUGUCUACCACAAACAGCAGUGGCUCAACUGUCUGCGCACUGCGAUGGUCCAACAACAGGAGGCUCCACCUAGAGUUCAGCAGGGAGAAUCUGUCAGAGGCAAACGGCGCUCCUCCACCCUCUCAACCCCCAUCUGUGAUGAAGAGACAGAUGAGAACUGUGCACCUGUCUCUGGCCCUAAACUCAGGCCUCAGACACUCUCCAAAACCAGACUGGACCAGAAGUUACAAGGCUCAGUAAAGAGGAAGGAGACAGGAGUGUAGACAUUUAACCCAACCUGUUGGUUUACAAAGGGAUUUCUCUCAGACAGGUCACGUGUACUCAACAUGUGACCUGUUUGUCACAUGUCAGUGAAUUUUAAUGCAACCACUGUUUUGUGCUUUUGCUUUGUCCCUGUAGCUGCACUGAAAAAGCCUUUCCAAUCAUUUCCGUCCAAGUGUAUAUCAAAUUUUAGUCCUUAAAACGUGUAAUUAGUUUACAAAAAAAAGGUGAUACAUGCCAGUGUGACUGAAAUGUAUGUUUACACCAGCUUAAUGUGUGUGGAAUUAGGGUUUUCUGUGUCUACCUAAGCUAAAACAACUUCCUACCACUUGUAGCUCUUUUGUUUCAUUUCAGUGUCGACACAUUUAAACUUUAUACAUUUUUUGCUGUAAUCAAAAUGUCAGUAUCUGUAGCGUAAGCAGCGUAUGUGUUUUCUUCUGUUCUAAGUGUUAUCUGUGCAGAGAUAAAGGACCAAGAUGCAGAAGAAUUGUGAUGGACUCAACUGUCGGAGCAGCUGAGUGAGAUAAGGCUUAAAAUGUCUGAGAUUAGAUACGAGAUAAUGAGCAGAACACUGACCAUAGAUACAACAUUUCUUGGAAAAAAAAUCUAAUGAAUCUAGAUGUACUCAACAGAAAAUUGUUAAUCAGUGCAAAAAUAAAACAUUUGUUUGUA